CGCACGUUUGCAUCAGGAGCACGCAGGGUGGAAGUGAAGUGGACGGUUCAGUCAGCAGCCUCCAAAGCAGCCAGACAGAGUAGUCGCUUACUAGCUGUUUUUAAAGCCUACAGGCUUCAGAGUAUAUCUGACACAUGGCGCAUUUCUAAAGUGCACCUAUGAUGUUGUACUCGUCAUAAAGUGGCUGUCAACAUUGCAGACCCAGCUGGUUAGCUGGACGGCUAGUAGUGAGAAUGAACAGUGUCGGACAAUCAGCUAACUAGUGUUACUCCGGCUGAUGCUCCUUUAGCUUAUCUCUGCUGUCACUGGCAUCACUCCGUGUUGCUGACGACAUGACAUGCCUGCGUAACUUUCUACCUGCCGGACGUUUCAUUGCUACGGUGUUUUCAUUAUGGACAGCGAACGCAGCAAUUGCAGGCCCCAGACUGGAGACAAUAGCAAGCUAACCUAGCUACCAGCUAGCAGGCUGUCGUGCUAAGCUAAGCUAAGCUUUGCUAAGAGCUGGUUGCGUGUCUGGAGGUCUGUGGAGCUGCACUGGAAAACGUCGAGGUGCCUGCUCCAUGGAUCAGGUGGAUGUGACAGACCAAAUCACAGCAGCUUGUAUUCAACAGUUGUUCCACAACCAGGACUUGACUGUGACUGACCAACUCUCGGCACUCCAGCAGCCCAUCAUGUCUUCACAAUCCAAGUGGGUGAGCAGCAGCAGCACUGACCUGAUCAUAACUGAGGAUGGGCUCAGUAAUGGCACCUGUGAAGUUGAGACAGUGGUAUUAUUACACUGUCCUAGUGAUAGUGGAGAUGUUACCGCUGAGGGUGACCACCUUGCUCUGAGCAAUGAUGGCAUGUCAGAGUUCUCUAACAGUGACCUCUCUCUGCCUGAGGUUUGCAUUUCCAGCAACAGCAAUAGCUUCGAGGAGGAUAUGAACUAUGAGGUCCAGCAAGCUUAUAGAAUAUUCACUGGCUUCCUCUUGGACAAGCACAAAGGCAUCACCAGCCCGUUCCUCCAUCCCAUCGGCCACCAGGAGGCCCAGCAUGGUAUCGGAGGUGUCCGGGGAAGGGGUCAGGCACAGCUCAGGCGGUCGAUGUGCUUGCGGAGGAUGGAGGAGAAGUUUAUCAACCAAGAGUAUGGGACCAUAACAGAGUUUGUUGCAGACUUCAGGCUGAUGCUGGAGAACUGUUAUCGCUGCCACGGGGUGGACCACUGGAUCUCCAAACAGGCUCAAAAGCUGGAAAUCAUGCUGGAGCAGAAGCUUACAUUGCUAUCCAGGACGCUGCGAGAGAAGACGACCUUGGCAGUGACUUCUAAAGGACGUUUUGGUGCAGAAGAGGAACGCAGUUCAGGGGGCACCUCUACAAGGAGGAGGCUGGCACCUCGUAGCCUGGCUACCAUCACUGUCGGUGGGCAUGAGUCUAUCAUGGUCCAGGCCCUACGGCUCGAAGAACAGCAGAGGGUCAAGGAGGAGAAGAGGCAACGUGAGCUUGAGAAGAAAGAGGCAGAGGAAACGUCAGCCAAAGAGGUGGAAGAGUGGGAGCAGACUUUGCUGUCACAGGCUUCCCCUCACACUGUGGACACACUUUGGGAACUCCCUGCUAUAGGGCACUUUCUCUGUCUGGCUCAGUCUGCCCUUAACCUUCCAGAGAUUGUGUUUUUUGAUCUGGAGCGUUGUUUGCUGAUGCCCCGCUGCAGCCUCCUACUGUCCAAAAUUAUGUCUUCCCUACUGUCCCCACCCCAGCAGAGGGCCACUCUGCACCGCCGGCCUGCCCUGCCUUACCACCGCUGGGAGUCAGAACUCAGGCAGCGGGUCAUGGGCUGGUAUCGAGCUGUUGGUGCCUCCCAUGAUCAGCCAGCUCGGGCUGAGCAGCUGGGACUCUGCCACCAGUUUUUCAGCACUCUCGGGGAGGUGAGUCCUUUGGAGGAGAAACCCUUUCACUUGCUGCCACUCUACCAGCGAGUAUGGCUUCUGAAGGCGCUGUGUGACCAUGUGUAUGAGACACAGAAAUAUGUGCAGGGUGCUCUCCUGGCCCAGCCCAUUCAUGAAUGUAGGGAGUCUAUUUUGGGCUACGACAGCAAGGAGAAUGCCUAUAUACAUUUCCCACAUUUCUGUGGGGCAGACCUGAGAAUCUACCGCCAGAGCCCCAGCACACCCCCCGCUUUUCCUUUCCCUUCUGUGUGGGUCAAAAAGGUUGAUGUAGAGCCAGAGACAGAGGGUGAAGAGUCGGAUGGAAUGAAGGAAGAGGGGGUUACAAGUGACAGGGGGUGUUAUGGAGGCUCAAUGGACACAGGAGAGUCUGAUGAUUUUGGAAAGGGGAGAGCACUUGGGGUUUUCAAAGGGGAAAACAGGGAUGGAGAUGGAGAUAAAAAGUGUAAAUUGUGGUCACUGAAGAAGGAGGUUUCUGAAUCGGGGUCCUCUGAUGGAGACUCCUGUGAAGACUCUAAAUUGGACUUAAAAAUACACACUAACUCCUUUUACUUUUCACACACUAGUCCUAUUGGAGGGCGUGGUGUGGGAAUGAAUUUGAAGGAAGAAACUCUAGAGUUGGAGCAUCAAUCCAAGCGACUCAGAUUAAAACAGGAGCCGGGCUUCCCAUUGGGCUCAAUGCGCACCAUUAAAGCAGAGACACAGGAGCCCUGUCUGAGUGUAGGGGAGCACAGCUACACAGGCAGGUCACCUGCUCGCUCACCCCCAACCAAACCAAUGAAAAUGGAGGGAGGAAGUCCCAGUCGGGGACACCAAAUGCCUUCCUGUUUGGAUUGUUGCAAAAGCAAAACUAGUAAUGUUAAAUCUGAGGACUAUGACUGCGGCUGUGGUACAUCAGGGCUGGUGUCUUCUGAGAGUUCUCAAAACUCAAGUGAAGAGAGGGUGAAUGACAAAAUCUGGACAAAAAGAAAAAAGCGGAAGAAAAGGCGAGGGAGGGAACAGCUGCCAAGAGUGAAAGGAGAGCACAAGCAGCUGCAGCACGUGGACCGGAUGAGGCUGUACCCAGCUGAGACUACCAAGUCUGCAGUGCGCAGAGUUGCCCCAACGAUCAAAAGAAAAGACAAGAAGAAGAAACAUAAAACAGGAAAAAAGCUUGAAUCGUCAAAGAAAAUGAAAGAUGAACCUCCAGUUGAGCCAUCAUUUAAGUUGGUAUGCACCAGUCUUGAGGGGUUGCGAGAGCUCAUCGGUAAGACAGAAGAUGAGCUUGAUGACCUGGAGAGCACCAAAGAGAGAUUGGGUCGGUGGUAUUAUAGGAGAGAAGCAGUGAAAGACCUCCACAGCACUCUGAUCAGACUACUGAACGAGCUCUCGCCCUGGGAACCCAAACUGGUUAAGGCCUACCAAAGGAACAGGCUUCGUUUGAAGAAGGAAUUUGAUGAUUUCAAGAAGCACCCAGAAUACAAUAACUUUGUGCGUGAGGAGAGUAUUUCAUCAUCAUCAUCAGAUGAUGAGGAUGAAGAUGAUGAUGAAGAAGAGAGGGGUUUGGAGAAGGAGGUGUUUUCAAUCUCAGAUCAUUAUAGAAGAUCGGAGGAUGAAGAUGAUGAUGAAGAAGCGAGUGGUUUGGGGAAGGAGGUGUUUUCACUCUCAGAUCAUUAUAGAAGAUCAGAAGAUGAGGACCUGGUUCCCAGAGGUCUUUGGAGUGGAGCAAACAUCACGGAGUUUGUGGGUGAAUCUGCUGCAGAAAGAAUGGUGACCUACAAACCUACCAACCACCUAAAACACCCUCUGGCCAGCACAGAAACACACGUCAAUCUGUCGCCCAGAAGUCAGGCUGGCAGCAGUAACAUUAUUUCGACCCCUGACUCUGGGCCACAGUCUAGAUCUGAACUGAGACCAUCAAAUCAAUCCAGGGAUUCAAACUCAGCAUGGGCAGCACUUUCACCCAGAACCCCCAUCAUCCAUCCCACCACUGGACUACCUAAGGGCUACACGCCCAUCCCCACCCUGCUGGCUAAGAGUGUGGGAAACAAAGUGACCUUAAUGAAACGGCCUGAUGAUUUUACAGGGAUCAACGUCGUAGACAGACAGAGCAAAGGGUCUUUGGUCUCCCUGCCUACCUCUGCAGUGACUACCACAACACUUACAAAAGCACAAAGUUCUCCAUCCAGCUCCCAGCAGAACUUGCAACAAAAUCAGGCACAAGGACUACAACAGACUGAAGUAGUAAGACAGCCAGGAAUGGCUACAGUGACGGCAGCUCUUCCUAAAUCCCCACAGGCGAAACCAACCCAGACUGUACAAACAAAUCCUGUCCAAGUGGUGUACAAAGUACCUGAGAGGCUGGGUCACCUGGUGAGGAAAGACAGCAGCAGCCCAGUCAAGAUCUCUGUUCAUCCCGUCGUGGACCAGAACACUGGGGAGAAGAUCAUGCAGCAGUUGGUGAUUCUGCCUUCUAACCUUCUCAUUCACAAAACUGAAGAAAAGGUGUCUUCAUUACAUCAACAACAGUCUAAGGGCAUUCAGGUCCCAGUUUCUAAAGUGGCCAGCCCCUUCUGUAUGUCCACCAAUGUGCCUGGGUUCGCUAUUCCCGAAAACAGAAUCCCUGUUCAGCAAGUGGCUCCCUUACGAGACGCCAGGACACCUUCUCCUUCUGUUUCCCCUCGUCUGCAAAGGGGGGCCCUAAACACAGCAGGACACAAGGGGGCACAAGUCUGCAGCCCCCAAGGUGUCACUCCAAACCCCUCACCCAUCACGACUCCUUCUAGUGCAGUUUCUACUGAGUCUAUUAAAUCUGCAGACCCUAAACAGGAGCUCAAGACGGUGUGUAUCCGCGACUCGCAGUCCAUCCUGGUAACAACUAGAGGAGGCAACACGGGCAUCGUCAGAGUCCAGACAUCCUCAGACCAGAAUGCGCUUGGUUCUUUGUCCACCAGUCCAGUCAUCACCAUCUCACCUCAGUUUAAAGCCUUCCUCAUCUCCAAGACGGCACAGACUCUCUCUUCUUCUGCUCCCUCUCAGACUUCCCAUUGCUCCAUCCCAGCAGUGACAAGUAUCUCAGUGGCCCAACCUCAGAAGCAGGUUCCUUCAGUAUUAAAGUCCCCUUCCACUCUCACAACGCCCAUGUUCUCUGCAGUCACUGGUAGCAUUCCCGUUACAGGCCCAGGAAGCCAGUCCGCAGGCACUACUGUUGCUAUAAGUCAAGGCUCCAACACCUCUGCUGUUUCUACGAAGAUUGGCCAGCUAGCGCAGACGCCUGUUGGCGGUUCUCAUUUUCAAGCUUCAUUAGUAAAAAACACUGUUGUCGUCCCAUCACUGAGUAGCUCUGGUGUUCCCCAAGUUCUCACGCAAGCGGAGUUCAUCAGCAAGACCGGUGUGAAGCGAGCCAGUACAGAUGAGAGAUCCCAAGUUACUAAAUUCAUCCUAGUUACUCCCUCUUCUUCCUCCGCCUCAACUGUAGCCUUAUCUAAAGGUACGCCCUCCUACACAAAAUCCCUUCCUUGCUCCAGAGUCAUGUUCAUCAGCCAGCCCACAGCGACAUCAACCACCACCUCUGUGGGAAGCAUCCCAAAGCAGGCGAUAGCAACGGGGGCUAGUGGACAACUGCUGACCACUUCAUUAUCAAGUCAGACUCUAAAGAUGGGAUUGAGCCCAGGCCAACCUGUUGUCAACUCAGAAGCAUUGUCCAAGCUCAAGAACAUCACUCUGCCCUCAGGUGUUCAGAUCCAGUUGUCAGGCAAGACAACAACCAUUGGACAGACCAUAGGUGCCCUGUCGCGUUCUCCUUCCAAGAGCACACCAGUGUCUGUCUCAGAUACAGGCCGUCCGACAGCCACCACCGCUGGACUGGUCCCGCUUACAAGUUCAAAUACCAUCACAAGCUGUUCCGCCCGGCUUGCCUCUCACGCUUCUCCGACCGCCAGCUCUCCGCUCAAGGGUGUCCCUUCCUUCGCCAUGAUCUCCCAACCAGGCUCUUCCUCAUCCACUGCUGCCACUCUGCCUGCAGGAAACGUCACCAAGAAGGACCUUGGUAUGUCUGCAGGUAUGCUGUUCGGCAACUCUCCUGCUCAGGUAACUACUACUGUGCAGAGUAGCCCAGCCCAAACCUCCACACCCACUCUUAUCCGUCAGCCUUCAAAUAUCCAAAGUGGCAUUGGUGAGGAAACCACUUCCUUCUUACCUUCCUCUCAACUUGCUCUCAAUAAACCCAUCUCCUCUGCAACAACCACGCCAUUCACCACCUCUGCUACUGGCACAAUCCAGCAGAGGAUAGUCAUCAACACCUCCACACCCCUUGCUGCUGGCACGCAGAUCCUCCUUAACAAUGCACGUUUUGUAGUCCCUCCCCAGGGUUUGGGUCCAGGCAGCCACGUCCUUAUCAUCUCUAGCCCUGCACCACAACAAGUGCCUACUGCCAGUGCUACCAGCGCUGGAGCAUCAGUACCCCCCCAAGGGGGAAGUCAUGACACUGUAGCCCCUCGAGCACCAGUUUUACCCCAAUCCCCAGCCAGGUUUCCGGGUGUGCCAGGCGUAAAUUCUCCUUUUGUAGCAUGCACACCUGCUGUUGGUCCAUCAUUGCAAGCAACUACUCCAAAUGUCACGCCAGUCCGACUAACAGGACCGCCUGGUUUUGGCUCAGCGUGGUUACCCAGUAAAACAAAUGUAGUGUCUGCUCUGCCUAGGUUCCCGGCUGCGCAGGCUGGUAACUUUGCAUCACCACCUGUAGGUACGCCCACUCUGGUCUCAUCGCCGCCGAGGUUAGGCAGCGUUUCCCCAGUGGCAACCAGUGCCCCUGCUCUCGGCUCAGCACUGACUACAAUCAGGUUAGCUGCUGGUACACCCACUCCAGCUGAAUGUUCAUCCACCAUUUCGCCUGCAGUACCACCCCCCUUGUCCAGAUUGUCAGCACCUUUAUCAUCCUUGCCUGUUUUAUCCAGCCCAUCAGCUGUUGCCCCGCCCAGCCCCGUCAUACCACCCUUCUCCUCAGCUGCAGCUCCUGUGGUAGCAGGCACACCGGCUUUGCAUUCUUCUCUUCCUGUCCAGCAGGUGGUUUCAGCGACAACCCCAGGCCCAGGCAUACAGCCCCUGCAGACCGCAGUUGGAAUUGCAGCACUCUCCACUGCUCCAUCACAGGCUUUAGUGCACACGGGACUCGGCAACACAUCUAGACCUGCGGUCAUGCAACCAGUGCUCGCUGGCGCACGGACACAGGUAUUGCCAACAGUGGCUGUCCCGCCAACUGUAAGCGCAGUGUCUAGGAUGCUGCCCAUUGCUACAGUCCCGCCAAUCGGAAGCACCGUCAACACCUUCGAAACGGCACCCGUGGUCACGGCGCUUUCAUCCGGCAGCAGUGUAAUAAUUACUCCAGCUCAACCAAUCACAUCACUGAAGACAAACAUCCACCCAUCUGUCGAUCUGACCAAUCAAGCACUUGGAAAGCACUCUCUGCAGCCCUCACCCUUAGGUUCGCAUACCAACGUAGCAUCCAAGCUACUCAUUAGUCCCGAUGGAGCUGUUUUGAACAUAGUUCAGUGCCAGGUCAAUCCAGCUGAGCCAACUGCCUGCCCAAAACCACUGGAUGCACUAGCGGUUUCCCCCAACAGUUCCUCUGGAGCACUACACACACAUGAUUCCUCUUUACAGCCCUCACAGGCAGACAGAAAGUGAACCAAUUAACUGAGACUGUGUCAGCUAUGUGAGGACUCCAUGUUUCAGCUGCUUAGUUUUGCCUGGGCUCAUAUCCAUUGCUUGUAGUAAUCCUGGGGUUAGUUUAAAAAACUGCUUUCCAGCUGUACUUACAUUUAGGAUACAGUAGGUUAUAAUCUCUGGUUAGAUCAUCUUAUAGGUAAACUAUAUGCUCAAUCAGACAUACUGGAAAUGUAUACUGUGAUGUUUUUUUUUUUCAAGCGGAAACUGGUGAGGUUGCCCUCAGAUGAAUGUUAUAGACUCUUCGACUUUACUUUUUUACUUUAUGGCCAGUAAUGACACCUGUAAUAAGAAACCAGUAGAAUGGGAGGGUAGAUUGAAUGAAUUUCAACUCAAGCUUUUGUAAUAAUACUUUUCAGUGCCAUUAGAUACUGCUUCAAGAAGUAAUAAUUGGUACAGCUUUCUCUACUUUGUCAGUUUGAACAAUACAACUGUCUGUAUCCAGAUUCUGUCACGUCAUCCUUUUUUCCAACUAGUAACUGUUUGAAAACUACAUUUUACUUUUUAGGUAUAUAAAUAAACUAAUAGAUGAAUUUGUACUACAUGUUUGAGCCCAUAUAAAAUGUUUUGAAGUCACAUUUAUUUAUUUUUACCAUAUAGAUUUUUCAAAAAAAUAUUUACUAGGUACAUUUUCAUUGAACAAAUGUGGACGUUACUGCAUGGGAAUAAACAAUGCGACUGUC